AAGUGGGAACGCAAUAUUGAGUGUAAACUCAACUUAAAAGUUAACUGAUUCUGUAAAUAAAUCUCUCAUAAACCAUUGUACCCGGACACUGGAAAACGUCUGUUGCCAUUGGAACUCGAACUUGGCGUUGACGGAGUCUUUACAUUUCGCAUAGGCUAAAUAAGUACUCGCAUAUAGCCUGCAACGUCUGUUGAAGAUAUUUUUGUGUUUGUUUGUUGUUUCCAUAUGUCGCGCAAAUCCAGCGACAAUGAUUAUACCCUUCGGAGUAUGAGCAAUCUGAUGGGCGAGAGGAGGAAGAAAGCAAGAGAUGACGGAGAACGGAGUCUCAUCAAAGCUCCGUCCAACGCGAGCAUCAACAGCCAGGGACCGGCCGCAGCCUCCACCUCCGCCGGGGACCUGGAGCGAGCGGCGCGCAAGCAGUUCCAGCAGGAUGUCACGCCCGCCUUCGUUUACGUGCUGGCGGUGUUCUCCGCGCUGGGCGGCUUUCUGUUCGGCUACGACACCGGCGUGGUUUCGGGUGCCAUGCUGCUACUUAAGAGGGAGAUGAGUCUCAGCGCGCUUUGGCAAGAGCUGUUGAUCUCCAGUACUGUGGGCGCCGCGGCGCUCUCCGCUCUGGCAGGCGGCUUUCUUAACGGGAUUUUCGGGCGCAGGGUGUGCAUUCUGCUGGCGAGCUUCAUCUUCUCCUCCGGCGGGGUGGUCCUGAGCACUGCCCCGAGUAAGGAGGUCCUUCUAGUCGGACGAAUAAUAGUUGGUCUAGGAUUAGGCAUCGCCUCCAUGACGGUCCCGGUCUACAUCGCCGAGUCAUCGCCGCCCCAGCUGCGGGGCCGGCUGGUGACCGUCAACACCCUCUUCAUCACGGGGGGCCAGCUGGUGGCCAGCGUGGUGGAUGGGGCCUUCAGCUACCUGCAGCGGGGGGGCUGGAGGUACAUGCUGGGCCUGUCGGUGGUGCCGGCCGUGCUGCAGUUCGUGGGCUUCCUGUUCCUGCCCGAGAGCCCGCGCUGGCUCAUCCAGAGGGGCCUGACCCAGAAGGCCCGGCGUGUCCUCAGCCAGAUCCGCGGCAACCAGAACAUCGACGAGGAGUACGACAGCAUCAAGAGCAGCAUCGAGGAGGAGGAGAAGGACAGCGGGGGAGGGGGGCCGGUGCUCUGGCGCAUGCUGACCUACCCUCCCGUGCGCCGGGCGCUCAUCGUGGGCUGCGGACUGCAGAUGUUCCAGCAGCUGUCCGGGAUCAACACGGUCAUGUACUACAGCGCCACCAUCCUGCAGAUGUCGGGAGUGCGGGACGAGAGGCUGGCCAUCUGGCUGUCGGCCCUCACGGCCCUCACCAACUUCCUGUUCACCCUGCUGGGGGUGUGGCUGGUGGAGCGCUCGGGGCGCAGGAAGCUGACCCUCGCCAGCAUCCUCUGCACCGCUCUGAGUCUGUCGGUCCUGGUGGGUUUCCUCCUCUCCGCCCAGCACACGCCCCCCGUCACGCUCCGCCCCUCUGACCCGGCCCCGCCCCCGACUCCGCCCAACUCCACCUGCACGCGCUACGGGUCAUGUGAGCCCUGCAUGCUGGACCCUGCCUGCGGCUUCUGUUACCGUGAGAACAGCACCGCCGUGUUCGACACUUCCUGCCAGCCGGCCAAUCAGGCGUUCACCGGGGAGGCUGCCUGGGGCAGGUGCUCCAACCGCAGCCAGAUGGCAGACGGGACGUUCUGGGCCUACAACUACUGCCCCACCUCGUACUCCUGGGUGGUGCUGCUGGGCCUGGUGCUCUACCUGGCCUCCUUCGCCCCGGGACUGGGCCCCAUGCCCUGGACGGUGAAUUCGGAGAUCUACCCCCUGUGGGCCCGGAGCACGGGGAACGCUUGCUCAGCCGGGGUGAACUGGACCUUCAACGUGCUGGUGUCCCUCUCCUUCCUCCACAUAGCACAGCUGCUGUCCUACUACGGGGCCUUCUUCCUGUACUCGGGCCUGGCACUGCUGGGGUCCGUGUUCGUGUUCGGCUGCCUCCCCGAGACCAAGAGCCGUCGUCUGGAGGAGAUGGAGGGGCUGUUCGAGGGAGGGCUCUGCACCUGCGGUGCGUCCGACUCGGACGAGGGCCGGCAGGUGGAGUACAUCCGGGUCAAGGGGUCAAACUACCACCUGUCCGACAACGACGCCUCCGACGUGGAGUAGCC